CCGGGUAGGGUUACGGAGAAGAAGAGCAGCAGAAGAGUGUUUGGUUGUCCCCUUCCAAGGCUCGUAAGAAUGCUUCCCAGAGAAGAAGCAGCUUUCUGCAUUUCCUCCUAUUCCUCGACAGAGUGUGAGAAUCAGGGCUGAUGAUUGAGACGAGGAGGAGGACGCCAUAAGCAUUUUCUGCCCUUUCAUGGCGGCCUCCUGAGCUUCACGAUCUAUCCAACGACUCUCCUGCUCACUGCUGCGGGUUCUGAUCUACUUGACAAGCGUCGGAUCGAUUAAUUUGCACGCCGCUAGCGGGAGCUGUGACAUCUUUUCGUCGAAAUUUCGGCUCUAGGGCAUUGAAAGAGCGGGCAACAUGGGAGGCGCUAUCAGCUAUGCUGCCGGCUCGAAGAAAUCCGCCUACCUUCUUGGUGGAGGAGAUAGUGAUGACACGAAGGAUAAAGUUGAGUGGCUCGAUCUGCCUUGUCCAGUCAAGUAUGAGGAGAUUCAGCGAGAAGCCCUCGUUUCUCUCAAGCCGGAGCUUUUUGAAGGAUUGCGCUUUGACUUUACGAAACCCCUCAGUCAAAAAUUCUCUCUCAGUCAUAGUGUGUUUAUGGGUUCUGUUGAGGUCCCAGCACAAUCGCCUCAAACUAUCAAGGUUUCAGCAUCACAUUACGAAUUCGGUGCCAAUCUCAUUGAUAAUCGGAUGAUGUUAAUCGGACGAAUCUUGACUGAUGGUAGAAUGACUGCACGAUUGAAGUAUGACUUAACGGACAACUUCACGGUGAAAGUGAAUGCCCAGCUCACAAACGAGCCUCACUUUUCUCAAGGCAUGUUCCACUUCGACUACAAGGGUAGAGACUAUCAAGCCCAAGUUCAACUUGGUAACAACGCCUUCUAUGGACUGAACUACAUUCAGAGUGUUACUCCUACUAUUGCCCUCGGAGGUGAAGCUUUUUGGCUGGGUCAUCAACGAAAGUCAGGAGUUGGUUUUGCUGGUCGUUAUAACACCGAUAAAGUGAUUGCUACCGGCCAGAUUGCAACCACAGGAAUGGUUUCCUUGACUUAUGUUCAAAGAGUGUCGGACAAGGUUUCCUUGGCGUCUGAUUUUAUGUACAACUGGAUGUCAAAGGAAGCUACUACAAGCGUUGGUUACGACUACUUACUACGCACGUGUCGUCUGAGGGGUAGGUUUGAUACAAACGGAUGUGUUGCUGCCUACUUAGAAGAAAGACUAAAUGUUGGAGUCAACUUUUUACUUUCAGCGGAGAUCGAUCACUGGAAGAAGGACUACAAAUUCGGAUUUGGAAUGACAGUGGGAGAGUAGUUUUAGUAGCUAGAACAGAAAUGUAGAAACAAUCUCUUUUGGGGUCGCAUGUAAUGAGUUGUGCAGCAACUGUGAAUCGCACGGGGCCAGGCCGUUUGGAUUCCAGGCCUAUUGAAUUGGCAGUUGAUAUCCUGGCCUUCAAAAGUUUCUCAGCCCAGCGUAGACAACACUGAUCAUGUGGAAUUGAUCAGUGGCUUACGCCCCAUGUUAUGUGAACAUUCUUCCGAGGCAGUUUUGCGGGUGGUUGAAUGCACUUAUGGGCCCUCUUUCUUCUUCUUACAAAGAGGGAGGUUCUUGGUGAACAAGGGCGUACCAGUUGUGGAUCCGUCAUCAAUUUUUGCCCUUUAAGUUGCAGAUAGUCGAGUUCUGGUCCAAUAUUGAGUCAGGGGCGUGCGUAAUGCAUCUUGAGGCAGUAAAGCUGGCCGGCAAGGCUGUAGACCUGUCUAUUGAAAGUGAGUUGUUUGUGAUCGGCCGCGGCUUUCUGGAAUACAACCAUUCCAUUAUGUUAUAUUCGAAAGACAUUUCUCGGUCAUCAGGUGUUACUUCUUGAUCAUUUUGUUGUAGUGGAACCCUGGUUGUCCUUCAAUCAUUAAUUCUCCG